AUGAUCGCCGUUCGCCCUGCGGCGCCCGACAACGUGCUGCACGGCCCCAAGCAGCUCUCGCAGGAGGCGCUGCUCGCGGUUCAGCGCAGCGGCAUCACGAGCGCCCGGCGGCUCCUCUGCAUGAGCGAGCUUGAGCUGGUCGAGGCGCUCGACCUCUAUGUCAGCGACGUCCGGGCUGUCGUCGCGGCGGCGGCGGCGGUGUGCGCGCCGCCGCCGAGCACGGCGCAGCAGCUCAUGCGCGAGGCUCCGCUUCCGACGGGGCUCGCCGCUCUCGACGGCCACCUCGGCGGUGGACUGCGGCCGGGAAGCGUCACUGAGAUUGUCGGUGCGAGCGCUGUCGGCAAGACGGAGCUCUGCCUGGCGGUGGCUGCGGAGGCGCUGGUGACAGGGCACGCGCGCGGCGCCGGCGUCGUCUACGUCGACACGGAGUGCGGCUUCAAGGCGACGCGUCUGCUGCAGCUCGUCGUGCGCUCGCUGCAGCGGCGGGGCGUCCAGGCGGACCCGCACGAGCUUCUGUACCGCGUGACUGUGCUCGCGGCGGACGAGUGGGAGGGGUACGAGCAGUGCCUCUCUCGUAUUCGCGCCCUCUUCCAGGACGACACGCGCCUCGCCACCGGCCUGCUCGUCGUCGACUCGAUCGCCGCCCCCGCGCGAGCCCACUUUGAGAGGGCGCGGCUGUCGGAGCGGCAGCGGCUGCUCUCGUCGCACGCGGCGCUCUUCAAGUCGCUGGCGGAGGAGGAGGGGCUCGUCGUGCUCGUGACGAACCAGGACGAGAUGAGCGCCUGCCUCGGCACCUCGUGGGCGCACUGCGUCAACGUGCGCCUCGUGCUGCACUCGGCGGAGCAGCCGCCGGCGGCGGUGGGGGCGACACUCGCGCCGCCGAGGCGGCAGCUUCGAGUCGCAAAGGCCAACUUCUGCUCCGCUGCCAGCUUCGACCUCGACGCGACGCUGGAGGGACUCGUGCAGGCGGCGGGCUGA